UAUGAAUGUACAAGAAGCCUGGGCGAUGGGUUAUACAGGAAAAGGUGUAGUCGUUACAAUCCUAGAUGAUGGAAUAGAGCGGAAUCAUCCUGAUUUGAAAGAUAACUAUGAUCCUAAAGCAAGCUACGAUGUUAAUGAUCACGAUUCAGAUCCAAUUCCUAGGUACGAUUUUGCCAAUGAGAAUAGGCACGGUACUAGAUGUGCCGGUGAAGUUGCAGCCAUUGCAAAUAAUACAAUUUGCUCUGUGGGAAUUGCCUAUAAAGCUUCGAUUGGCGGAGUUCGCAUGUUAGACGGUGAUGUAACUGAUGCCGUUGAAGCGCAAAGCUUAUCCCUAAAUCCUCAGCACAUCGAUAUUUACAGCGUUAGCUGGGGACCAGAUGACGAUGGAAAAACAGUUGAUGGACCAGCAAAGUUGGCCCUAAAGGCUUUUACCGACGGCGUUCGAGUUGGUAGAGGAGGGUUGGGGUCUAUAUUCGUUUGGGCAUCGGGUAACGGGGGACGUGACAAAGAUUCGUGCAACUGUGAUGGUUACACAAACUCUAUUUAUACUUUGAGUGUUUCGUCUGCAACAGAAAAUGGAAGGGUACCAUGGUACAGUGAAGCUUGCUCUUCAACUCUUGCCACUACUUACAGCUCCGGCGGAUCUGGUGAAAAACAGAUUGUAACGACAGAUUUAAGAAAAGGUUGUACUGAGACACAUACUGGUACUUCCGCUUCAGCCCCAUUGGCAGCCGGAAUUGUUGCUCUUGCUUUACAGGCUAACAGCCAAUUAACAUGGAGAGAUAUGCAGCAUAUAGUUGUUUUAAGUGCAAAACCUUAUAAAUUAAACGCUCCCGAUUGGAAAACAAACGGAGUAGGUAGGCGAGUAUCGCAUUCUUACGGCUAUGGCAUGAUGGAUGCUACAGCCAUGGUAAAAUUAUCUCAAAAUUGGACCAACGUUCCGGAACAACAGCGUUGUGAAACACCAUAUCUUAAUGGCUCUAAGUCAUUUUCCAAAAAAUCGACUUUAAGCGUCUCCGUUCAAACGGACGGCUGCGGUCGUGUCAACUACUUAGAACACGUACAAGCAAUUGUCGAACUCUCAACCAGUUGUCGGGGAGAAAUUUCUAUCAAGCUAAAAAGCCCUAGUGGAACAGAGAGUGUGCUUUUAACCAAAAGGCCUAAGGACAACUUUAAGAAGGGUUUCAAGAAUUGGGCUUUCAUGACAACACACUCCUGGGGUGAACUUUCCCAUGGUUUAUGGACUCUGAAAAUAGAUUCAGGUAACGCUGAGGGCAAGCUAGAAUCGUGGAAGUUGGUAACUUGGGGAACAACCACUCCUCCAUAUCAGAAACCAAAACAAGAAACGUCAGUACCAAUCUGUCACGAAGGCGAAUAUUUUUUAGAAGGCUACUGCUAUAAGCAAUGUCCUGUUAACUUUUACGAAAUGAAUACGACCUCUUCCACGAAUUCAACUGGCUCUUGUUUGCCUUGUCAUAAAUCCUGUCAGCGUUGUAACGGAGAGCUAGAAUCAAACUGCAUACAGUGUAAGGAUGGUUGGAAAUUAACAAACGAAACCUUUUGCACUCAUUUAGGAAAAUCUAUAAACUCUUUUGCAGUUCUAGUUAUACAGGAAAAAGAUUGGACAAAAAUAACAAUUAUGUCAAUCAUUUUCGGAAGUGUAGCUCUUACUAUUGUAGUUAUUGCACUAGUGAUAAUCGUAAUACGAAAGAAACACGGUAAAGGCGAAUAUAAAAACUAUGAUCAAGAUGCGGGUAAUCCCCUUUUAAGUAAUGGACUAUCGGAUGGUAAUGAAUUCGCCUAUUUUGACGAUGUCGAGAAAUCUGCGGCUCCGAUUUAA